AUGCCGCAGCGGUCGCACGUGCCGCUUGCAUCGCCGUUUCCGCUGAACGCACCACCGCCAUUGACCUCACGAUCAUGGCCGGCGAGCCACCGUGGAGCGCACGCAAAACCCGCAGCUGGCCUCAACUACUCUCACUACGAUGGCCACCGCAGUGUCUUCGGUGAGCAAGCGAGUUGCGAUCCGUCGCCAUCGCAGCGCACACCGCACCAACAGCAGGUGUAUCGCCCUCGCGCGGUGUCCCCUGGCCCGCAUGGCGGAUCUGCGCCACAUGUGUCUGCGCCGGUCGCACGCAGCGCUGUCAUCCGCGCUGAUGAGCUGGAGACCAUCCUUGAUGAGCAGAACUACAUAUGGCAGAUGGAGGAGUACCGCUUCCGCACCGAGCGGCAAAAACGCCUCACUGCACUGCAACACCGACAGCACGAGCUGACGCUCGAGUCGGCCCGGUAUGACCAGGCAGUGGCCGAGGUGGAGCGGCAGCUUGCGCGCGAGCGGCAGAGGCUGGAAGAGCUGCAGCGGGUAAUGGCACACAACGCCACAACAUCUUGUUUGCUGAUUGACCGUGAGCACGGUUUGCAGGAACCACCUACUGCCAUGGGAGACGCGCCGCAUGCGAUCACGAGGAGUUCUCCUGCCAUGCAUCACGGUCGAGCGCGUGAUCACGCCUACAGCGGUCCAUACGACGUACCGUACUUUCCCACGGAUGCUUCCGACGGCGUGCCGGGCAUGAAGGAGGAGGAGGUUAUAACCGACGUCUAA